UCGAUAACAACGCAGGCGAAUGUGAAAAAGUUCAAGUUCAAACAGCUGAUCCGGUUUGUUUUGGGUUUUCAAGUGAUAUAACGAAGCCAAAACAAGCAAUUAGGCCUCUAUCCCGACUCAUCCAGGAUGUUCCAGCUGUGGCGUCCGCUGCUUCUUAUUCGCAGCAUGCACCUGAGCCAGCGCCGGCAAAUGAGUCACUACGAUGCCCUUGGAAUUGCACAAAAAUGCACCCAGAACGAGAUCAAGGCAGCAUACUACAAGCUUUCAAUGCUCUAUCAUCCGGACAGAAAUCAGGGCAGCGAGAGUGCUGCCAAGAAGUUUCGGGAGAUAAAUCAGGCGUACGAGAUCUUAGGAAACUACCGCCUGCGCCGCCUUUACGAUAAAGGGAUCGUGCAUACAGCGGGCGCCCAAUAUGCCCAGGAUAUCCAUGAUGUGGCAGAGCCCGUGGUGGAAGACGACCCUGAGACGAAGUUUUACAAGUCGCGUUUCCAGAAAUCCCGGGUGGCGGACUCUGAGGGUCGAACACCAAUCUAUGAUUUUGACGAGUGGUCUCGAAAUCAUUACGGGAAGUCCUUUGACCGGAGACAGGCUGCUCAGGCCAAAUACGAUCGAAUAAAGGUCCAAAAGGAGACGAACAAAAUGUCCGGCCAGACGGACUUGGUAAUGCUAGCCUUUAUUUUCGCAGGAGUUGCCAUAUACCUGAUGUUUCUCGCCGAGAGCUCCUACGACACGCCCAAACAGAGAGCGGAGGAACGACACAGACGGCUGCGGGAGGAGAUGGAGCUGCAGGCAAACAAGAAGCAACCCUAGAGUACUCUAGUCUACAGUGUACAUAGUUAAGUUUAAUCAAUUUAAUUAAAAGGCUAUUUUUUGAGAAUAA